CGCAGAGGAUCCCGUUCCCGGGGCUGGGGGCAGCCGGGCUGCCCAGCGCCCCCCGGCUGAGUCGACUCCGAGCCGGCGGGGCAGCCGUGGGGUGUCGCGGAGCCCCGGGAGGGCUGCGGCACCCUGCGUCUCCCCAGCUCCAUGGCGGCCAAGUGGUUCAAGGAGUUCCCAUCCAACCUGAAGACUGUUUCAGAGAAGGCUCGGCCGGGAAGCGGGAGCCUCGGGAAGAGCCGCAAAAAUUCAGCCGCUGAGCUGGGGGGCUACCGGGCGGCUGGGGGUGGCAAGGAAGGGGGCAGCCGGCUGUCACGGGACAACCUGCAGGGUCUACUGCAGGCCGCCACCGGGAAGAUGCGGAAGAAUUCCCGAGUGGAGGGAGGCACGCCGGAGGGACCCUCCAAAACCUACAUCAACCGCCUCAUCAAGGUGGAGGCUUCCGAGAAGAACGGGAAAGGGCACCCCGGACCCCUGCCUGCAAGCCUGCCUGCCCCCGAGCAGGACAAGGGGAAGCCCCCCAAGACAGAGACGGUCAUCAUCCUGGAGGAUUAUGCAGACCCUUACGAUGCCAAACGCACCAAGGGGCAGCGGGACGCUGAGCGCCUGGGGGAGAACGAUGGGUACAUGGAGCCCUAUGAUGCCCAGCAGAUGAUCACAGAAAUCCGUCGUCGUGGCUCCAAGGAUCCCCUGGUCAAAGCCAUCCUGCUGCUGGACGGCCCUGGAGAGCCUGGGGAGGGGGGUGCCAAGCUGGAUGUUGCCAAGCGUCUGGGGGGCAAGGAGGUGGCAGGGAAGGGGCCACAGCUCUAUGACACCCCUUACGAGCCUGGGGAGGGGGUGGCCGGGGGGACCCCAGAGCGCAGGGUGAGGGCUGGUGAUGGGCGCCUGCCCGAGAAUGACGAGCGCCCAGCGGGGGAGUAUGAGCAGCCCUGGGAGUGGAAGAAGGAGCAGAUUGUCAAAGCACUGUCAGUCCAGUUUGAGGGCUCGGAGCGUCCUAAGGAGGAGACGCCACGGCAGCACCUACGCCAGAAGAGCUGGACCCCCAAGAUGCUGAAGCCGGCGGGCACCGAUCACAGCGAGGGGGAGCGGGUGGACCCCGCCUUGGCACUGGAGAAACAGCCCUGGUACCACGGGGCCAUCACGCGGGCCGAGGCGGAGAGUCGGCUGCAGCCGUGCCGGGAGGCCGGGUACCUGGUGCGCACCAGCGAGACCGGCAGCGGCAAGUACUCCAUCGCGCUCAAGACCAGCCAGGGCUGCGUCCACAUCAUCGUGGCCCAGACCAAGGACAACAAGUACACGCUCAGCCAGGCCAGCGGUGUCUUCGCCAGCAUCCCCGAAGUUGUGCACUACUAUUCCACUGAGAAGCUGCCCUUCAAGGGGGCUGAGCACAUGGCCCUGCUGCACCCCGUCCACUGCAAGCUGCAUUAGCGGCGGCUGAUGCCGCCCCCGAGUGGUCUGCGACCCCUCCCCACCCCGUCGCAUGAGACAGCGAUGGGCAUGAACCACGGGAAGGGGCUGGUGAGACAAUCCCAUCAUGUCUGCAGUCCUGAAGGGACCCCACUCCUGGACUCCAGCAGGGCUGUCCCCCUUUCACUGGGACAAGUCCUGACCACCCUGUGCCAGAAACAACUUCUCACGGGGCUGCCCACAUGCCUGAGCUGGGGGCAUGCAGUGAGACUGGGAUGUGUAAUGAUCUAGUAAAAUAAACUUGUUGGCUGAGAGGA